AUGGAUCAGCGAGGGGCACAACAAUACAACAGAUGCCAACCUGGGCAAGGUUCUAAGCCUACUCAAAAUACUCAGACCAACAAGGGGCAGCCACAAGCCUCUAGGAAUGCAGGCCGACCAAGAACACAACCACAAGGAGCUGGAAAUGGAAAGAAACUGGGAGAGACUAACCAACAGGCAGUAGGAAGAAUGUAUGCUCUCCAAAAAGAAGAAGAUGUUGAUAACCCAUCAGUAAUUCAAGGUAUGUUAAUCCUUAUGAAUUCUUGGGUUAAAGUAUUGUUUGAUUCUGGGGCUUCGCAUUCUUUUAUAUCCACUGCAUGUAUGACAAGUUUGGGUUUAAAUCCAGAGGCGCUAGAGAUAGCUAUGAGUGUCACUUCACCCUUAGGAGGUCAAACCCGAGUAAAUCUAGUAUGUAAAUCUUGUGAGCUAGAAAUCUCCGGUUCAUAUUUGAACUGUGAUCUAAGAGUUAUGGAUAUGUCUGAUUUUGACAUCAUCCUAGGAAUGGACUGGUUGUCAGUUCAUCAAGCCAUUAUUGAUUGUUACCAUAGGACAGUGACAACAUCCUCCCUUAACAGCAUGAAAGUCCAAUUUAAAGGAGAUAGACAAGAUUCUCUAACUCCAACGUGUUGCAAGUCGGGACAGCAUGAUCAACUAACCGGAUGGUUGGCAAGCCUAAUUUUGGAAGGCGAAAAUCGAGAGGAUCCAGGAUUACCCCAUGUGGUGUGUGAGUACGCUGACGUUUUCCCUGAUGAAUUACCAGGAUUACCCCCAAAACGAGAGGUAGAUUUCACGAUUGAGCUUCAACCCGGGACUUCACCGAUUUCAAUAGCACCACACCGUAUGGCGCCAGCUGAACUUCGAGAAUUGAAGGAGCAGUUGCAAGAACUGUUGAGUAAGAAGUUCAUCAGACCAA